UAUUUAGUUAGUUCGCAAAAGAUUGUUUAUGUGUUGGAGAUUUGUGUAGUUUAAUAGAUAUUGUGGUCACAAUGUUGACCAUAGCAAUGAUAAGCACAUUUCUCAAUUAUUUACUGGUUGCUGAUCUGACAGGCAGCACUGUUUCGGAUUGCCCAAACAACUGGAUUGACUGUGGCAACGGACUAUGCGUUGCGAACAUGUGGGCUUGUGACAAUGAUAAUGAUUGCGGGAACAUGAAGGAUGAAGAAAAUUGUGAAGGUGAAGAUGUCCACGUGAAGUGUUUAGCUAAUCAGUUCAAGUGCGAUGAUCACUGCAUUCCUGAAGUUUGGCUUUGUGACGGGCAACCCGACUGCUUAGACGAGACAGAUGAAAGAAACUGUGAAGCUGUCGUAAGAUGUAAUGGUCACCAAUGUCGAGACCUUCAUUGCAUACCUUUGCAAUGGACAUGCGAUGGAGUACGAGACUGCCGUGAUGGUUCUGACGAAGAAUUUUGUUCUCAACGUAACAGAUGUAGAGGUCUGCCAUGUUCUGAAUGUACAAACACUACUAAUGGUCGUCAGUGCUAUUGCGAAGAUGGAUACCAGCUGCAUCACGAUAACAAGUCCUGUGUAGAUGUCAACGAAUGUGCUGAAGAAGGAUUCUGCAGCCAUCGGUGCAUCAAUAUCCCGGGAGGUUACAUAUGCAUCUGCAAGGAAGGCUACGAGCUGGUGAACAGAUCUUGCAUAGCAACAGGACCAGAACCUCUGUUGCUGCUCUCGACGUUCGAAGAAAUUCGUGGGAUACAUUUAAGAUCUGGUCGACAUUUCUUGAUUCACAAAACUAUUCACAAAUCCGUUGCUAUAGAUGCUGAUCCUUUGGAAUCUAAAGUAUAUUGGGGCGAAAUAUCCAAAACCUCCUCUAUAUAUUCAACAAAUAUUGAUGGUACGGGAUUUAAUAUAGUUCUGGGAAAUGGUCUCCUCACUCCCGAAGGAAUAGCUAUAGAUUAUCGAGCAAGGAACUUAUAUGUCACAGACUCUGGACUGAAGCAAGUUCUUGCAUGCAAAACUGAUGGCACCAUGUGCCAUGUAUUGCAUGAUACUAAUUUGGAGAAACCUCAAGCAGUUGCUGUGGAUCCUCCUGAAGGAUUCAUGUAUUGGAGUGACUGGGGUGAUAAUAUGUCGGGCAUUUUCCGCAGUGGCAUGGAUGGAUCGGAAAUUAUUCAUAUGGUUUCAAAAGCAAUUCAUUGGGCCAAAGACAUAGCUAUUGAUCACACCACAGAUCGGCUCUAUUGGACAGAUGCUCGUCUGCAAACUAUUGAGUUCAUCACUCUAGAUGGAGUUACGCGAAAGAUUCUCAUAAGGAAUGAGGUGUACCAUCCAUAUUCACUUGCUGUAUUUGAAGAUAGUUUAUACUGGACAGACUGGGAUAGGUUUUCCUUAAAUACGUGUAAUAAAUUCACUGGACGUAAAAUGACUACGAUAGCCAUGGAAAAUGGCAAGAAUGUCGUGGGUGUGCACGUCUAUCAUCCUGUUCUUCUCCGCCUAAGUCAUAACCCUUGUCACUCUGCUACUUGCAGCCAUAUGUGCCUGACAGCUCCUUUCGGAAGCUAUCGGUGUGUAUGUUCUCCGGGAUUUAUUCUUUCUGGAGAUCACAAAACGUGCAAAAUGGACAACAAAUUUCCAGCUCUUUUCGCAUAUGAUGAUUCUAAGAUCUUCCACGUUCGUCCAGAAGGAGUAGGUAGAAGUAUUGUCACGGUACUGCCCAUCAAUCAUCUAACCUUCAUCCAUAAAGUGGUCCAUGACUGGAAGACAAAUUCUCUUUUUGUCAGUCAUACAAGCCCAUCAGCCAUUUAUGCCGUUAAUAUGACUUCUUGGAGGAUAAGAGAAUUAGUGAAAGAUCACUUGGGAAUUCCUGAAGACUUAGCAUUUGAUUGGAUGAGCGAUAAUCUAUACUGGGUUGAUUCUACUAAAGGUACAAUAGAAAUUAUUAACAUUAAUACUUCCCGUCAAUAUACCAUUGUUGAAAACUUAUCAAAUCCAACUGACAUCAGUCUUGAUCCUCCGAGAGGUUUGAUGUUUAUAUCCGUAAACGGCGGAACACCUUCGGUUACUAUGUAUGAUAUGGACGGUAAAAAUCCCCGAGGUUUAAAUCAAGUUUCUGGCGCGCCGAUGUCUCUCACUAUACUUCCAUCCGCGAGUCGUCUUUUUUGGGUCAGUCGAAGAGCUGAAUCAAUUUCAUCUUUGAAUUACUUAAAACCAAACAGUGAACCUGUUCUCCAUAUAAACAAACUUAGAGAUGUAAAUUCUGUUGCUGUUAGUGAAAGAUACCUUUAUUGGACAUGUGCGAAGAAUCUUCAAAUACAUGUGGUGAAGAUGAACACAACCUAUAUUCAUUUGCUGUCUCUUCCGCACAGUAGUAGCGAUUUUUCAUCAAAGAAAAUAACUUAUUCUUCUAUUCCACUGUCAGACAAGAAUUCUCCAGGGGUGCCUCCAUGCUCAUUGAAGAAUGGCGGUUGUAGUCACCUUUGCGUAAGCGCACCAGAAGGAAGAUCGUGUCUUUGCACUACUGGAAUGACACUUUCGAGGGAUAACGUAACUUGUGAAGCCGGAGAAUGCAAUGCCGGUGAAUACCGUUGCGCGAGGAGUCGGAAAUGUGUCUCUAAAGCUUUUGUAUGUGAUGGAGUCAAAGACUGUGAAGACGGAUCUGACGAAAUUUGCAGUGAACCUACGAUACGAUGCCCGGCAAAUGAUUUCCAGUGUCGAAAUGGUCGAUGUAUUUUUAGUGCAUGGAAAUGCGACAGAAGAGACGACUGCGGUGAUAAUUCGGACGAGGAAGAUUGCCCCCCUGCAACGAGUUGUGCUAAUGACCAAUUUUCUUGUGCUGAUGGAGACUGCAUUCCUUUGCUAUGGCGCUGUGACGGUGAGAGUGAUUGCAACGACCACAGUGACGAAAAAAUGUGUCAUAAGACAGUUUGCGAUGAAUCUCACCUAAGAUGUGAUCAUGGCCAGUGCAUUCCGAAAUCUUGGGUUUGCGAUGGAGCAGAUGACUGCCUUGACGGAAUUGAUGAACGCAACUGUUCUAAAUGGAAACACUGCAGUGCCAAAGAAUUCCUGUGCGGCGAUGGAAAAUGUAUAGAUAAGUCAUUAGAAUGCAAUGGCAAAAAGGAAUGUGAAGAUGGCUCCGAUGAAAGUAACUGUUUUCAAAAUAAGGCAGCUUGUAUGCAUGGAGCAUAUCAGUGUCAGGAUGGCUUGUGUAUUAACAUGCACGAAGUUUGUGAUGGAUAUCAAGAUUGCUCUAAAGGAGAAGAUGAAAAGAAUUGCA